CAUGGAAUAUUGCUGUCUCUGUACAAUGUUCCCCUGUGUCUGCUAACUUCAGUUUGCAUCAGUUUUUGUGAGUGUUUCUUUGUUUUUCUUUGUUCUCCCUGCUUAAAAUUAAUUGUGUAGGAGCCGCCUGCAGUUCCUACACAAUUUACUUGUGGGUGGUGACCUGAGAAGGAGAAUGGAGACUGGAGGAAAAUGAAUGAAUAGAUAAUAGAGAUAGAGGGAGAAAGGCAGGAAUAGACUCAGAGACAACAAGUGGGAUGUAGCAAGCUCUAGUGAUACUUCUCAUGAGCAAGAGGAGUAAUGAGAAGCAAGAGCUUUAUGAGAAACAAGAGAGUUACAAGAGGGCAAGAGGAGCAAGAGGGAGGCUCGCAUGUGUUCCCCAACUUUUAUUGGAGAUUUUAGGAAUGUGGAGUGGGAGGUGAUUAGUGAAUACGUGACAUGGCAUAGGUUUUAACACUGGUUGAAUUGACAAUCAUGAAAUCAAAGAGGAGGAGAUUAAUCCAACAUGCGCCUUGGAAAGUGUCAACUUGGAAAUCUAGAGAUCCCCAGUUUAUUUAGUUUGAGUGUAGAAACCCCAGGUUUUGACCUUGUCACAAGAGAGGUUUCCCCCUAGUUGACAUUAGGAAUGUGGUCUGACAAGGCGUGAGCUAGGACUCUGUGGCCAAUGAUGUCCUGCUCAGGAAUUCUCUUGUCCUUUGGACUGAAGAUUCGGCAAUACAAUAGUCAAUAAGUAACAUGAUCAUGAGUCUGGUAAAUGAAUAGAUAGGAUACAAUAUCAAUACAUCAAUAAUACUUCCAAGAUGCUAAUAUGCCUGGUAUCCUACAAAUUGCAAUACAAUAUUGUCUGAUUAUAGUCAUACGUCACAAUUUACUUAGCCAUUUCCCAAUUGAUAAGUUUCUCCUUACUUUCAAAUUCUUUGCAAUACCAAAAAGAGCUGCUUUAAGUAUUUUUAGCUAUAUGGAUACUUUUCCUUUCUGUUUUUUAAUGAGCUAUGGACAUAGUUUGAAAUUGCUCUCUCCAUAAUGGUUCACAGCUCCCCUAGUAGUUCAGAAGUAUCCCAUUUUUCCUAUAUCUCUUUCAACUUUUGUCACUUACUUUUUCUGUCACAAUUGCUAAUCUGAUAGAUAUGGGGUGAUUCUUCAGACUUGUUUUAAUUUGCAUUUCUCUAAUUAAUAGUUGUUUGGAGUGAGAGAUUAGUGUAUCAUUCUCAAGUUAUUAAUAAUUACUAUGUCUAAAGAGUUAGUAAAAGCCAAUUCCCCACCCCAUGCCCAUCUGUUCCCUGUAGGACUGCUUUAAGUGUUUGGGUUGGGUUUUUGGAAUUCCUCUGGGAACUUGCCUGGGGCAACAAGUGCCCCAGUCUGUCAAUGAUCAAAUCUUAAAUACCAAUCUUGAGUACCCUUUUGUCUUAUUUGUAUUGUAUCUUUUGAAGAUUCUUCCAGGAGGUUGACUGAUCCUCUCAUCAACCCCUCCUAGAUAAUUCAGUCUGGAACUACUCUCAUCUUUGUAUCUGUCUCCAGAUUCCUGAACAUUUCUUUAAAAGAUUGAUUUGCUUGGAUGUCUCCAUUGUGAGACUAUUUUCCAAUUUCUUGAAGAUGUUAAUUGGCUUGAAUGUGUUAAUUGUGAAGCCAUUGUAAAGCUAUUCAACACUCUGUCUCCAACAAUUUUAAAAAUGUGAUAAUCCCUACUGAGCGGUUUGAUUGCAUCAGAAUUCUCCUAUAAGUAAGGGAUUUUUCUGUGAAUUUUUUGGUAUUUGUCUUCAGUCAAUGACUUAAGGUAUUGCCCCACAUUUUUCUAUAAAUCCUUGGGGAGUAUUUUGUCUUUUCUCAAUGACUUGCGACAGUACACCCCCCCCCCCACUCCCCAUCUCUCUCUUUUAAGAAAGAAUUAUACUUUAAGUGAUAAUUUUCCCUGGUCAUAUUCUUUAAUAAGUUAUUACAAAGGAUAAACUUUGGAAUUUUUGAGUUCCUCUCAGUUUCGACUCCAUACAUAGUGAUCACACAAACUUAAGGAAACCAUGUCCACCUAGAACCCAUUCAUAAGGUUUCUCUGAAAUUCUCUCAUAUAAAGUGAUGAUCUCUGCCUGAAAGUCUUCCCACUGGGAAUCCAUCUAGAAUUGGUUUCCUCAGAAGGCAUUUUCUUCUACUGGACAAGAUCUAAACUCUCCAUUUGAAUGUCUUCCCUCAUUCAUGACAGUGACAAGACUUCUAUAUGAAAGGAAUUAUCAAGCUGGGAAUAAGAGAUGAUUGCUGCAUGAAGGCCUUACUGUAUUAGAAAUGAUAAUUUGAAGCUAUUUCUGGUUGUGGUAAAUGGAUACACUCUGGCUUGUGACUAGAGAGAUACUAGGGGAACCUCAGGAUGCUUAAUUAUAAUGGAGAUAGAGGUACUUCUGAGAGAUAGAGAGAUGCUACUAGAGGGGAUACUCUGUGGUUGCCUAUUGAUCACUAUUGAUGGCUAAUAGAUCAAGAUUAUUUCCUACCCUCCUUCUCCCUCAAUCCUGCCUUUCACUACCUUCUUCUUGAAGCCUUUUGAUUCACCCCUCCCCCCUGUGUAGACUAUAAGGUUUAUGAGGAAAAACUCUUUUCUUUUCCUUUAUCAAGUAAGGGGGUUUAUUGGGAACAACAGGAUGGAGAUUGAGGUAAGAUGAGGUGGGAGGAAUGAGAUUUGUCCCUAAUCUACAAGGAAGGGUUAUGAGGAUUUUUGGGAAAUGUCAGUCCUGUCACAAUUGUGACAAAAAAGUCUGUCAAGGAGAUGGAGGACAACUGUUAAAUCUUCUUUCUUCUUCCAAUUACACAAAACCACCACCAAAAGUUAAUUUCUUCUCAGCCUAACUCCAGAAGCCCCUCUCAAGCAUCUUUCAGCCUGGGACAGAAGCUAAUAAGGAUCAGUUUCUCAGCUUCUUCCCCCUUCAGCCAGAAGCCAAGGAAGACUGUCUCCAAAACCAAGAGAAAUAGUUCAAAGCUAGAAAUACCAGCUUCUUCACCACUCUGUCAGAAAAGCCACCCAGGUCUCUCCUGGCCAGGCUCCAACUGCCUUUCCUAGGAACAUUCUAUUUUGGAAUGUUCCCCUUGAUUGACAGCUGAGGUCCUUUACUUUGUUUUGCAUGCAUGGCUUGGCUUAUAAAUCCUCUCUUCUUUCAUGCCUCUUCCACAUUACCAUGAUAAUUCUACUCCUAAAGUUUCUCCCCAGUGUGGAUCCUCUUCUGUUAAAUAAGCUAAGAGUGGCAACUGUAAGCUCAGCCUCACUCAUGAGCUUUCUCUCCAGUAUGGAUUCACUAAUGUGCAGCAAGAUGACCCUUCUGUGUGAAAACCUUUCCACACUGUUUACAUUCAUAGGGUUUCUCUUCAUUGUGGAUAAUCUGAUGUGCAGGAAGUUCAGAGAUCUGACUGAAGGCCAUCCCACCUUUAUUAUUCCCAGAAACCAUUUCUGCAGGGUUACCAUUUGGAUGUCUAAUGAGGUAUGAAGGUUACUCUGUCUAGAUUAACUUGAAAAAUGGGCAUUUCAGGAGAUGUCCAUGAGACUGACGAUGUUUUACUUCUUCACAAAAGUAUUUGCUGUAUUUACUAUCCUGAUGAUAGACAUUUCCUUCCUGAGGUUAUUUUCUUUUACUGAAUGAGAUUUUAGUAUUAUCUGAAUUUCUCUAUAGUUUCACCAAAUUCACUGUCACACUUUGGAUUUUUAUUUACCUUAAUAUUAGACUCGCAUAUUUCUCUCCAAAUGAAGUCUCAGGGAGCCUCAUUCACAUAUUUUUGGGGACCAGAUCCUUCCACAAAAAGACUUAGCUUUGAGGACAACUCUUUUACUUCAAAACUGGCCUCAUCCUCUGAAGAAAACAAAUAAUGGUAUCAACACAGAAAUAUAAGCUCUUUCCUUUGAUGUUGAAGUAAAUUUAUUUUUACUCUAUUUCCCCAGUCAAAGAGGACUUUUAAAAUCUGAAACAAUCAGAAUCAGUCUUUGGAUACACUACUUCAUUAUAUCUGCAAGAUGGUUUAUUUUAGAAAUAGCUUCAUGAACAACAACACUGAAAGCUCACAAUGGAGCCGUGACACAGGCAGGUCCAGGGUUCUCAUUACCUUUCACAAUUCAGGUCAAGAACUUAGAAUGUAGAAGGGACCUAUAACAGACAUCCAGUGACUAUUAUAAAAAGAAUUUUCUUUAGUGGGUUGGGGCUCGAGAAUGAGCAAGGAGUCUGAGAAAAUGGGUGAUAAAUAAGAGACACAGACAAGUCAAUAUUUUUAGCAAGGGAAGGCAUGAAUCCCUGAUGACAUUCUCCUUGGAAAGACAAUUAAAGGAAAAUGUGAGAAGUAUGCUGGCACAUGGAAGUAAGAAUUCUGAAAUAGAAAGCAUGUGGCCAAGAGUGGCGCUAGGAAAGAUAAGAGAGAGAGAGACAGCAGGGAGAACUUCAAGGUUGCAGGAAACAAGAGGAGGAACCAAAGCUUACCCCAGGCUUUAUUGUAGAUUGUGAGGAUGAAUGAAUACGUAACAAAGCAUAGUUGAUUCUCUUUGGUAGCAUAGAUAAUGACAAGAUCAGAGUAGGUGGGGAUUCACCUGACAUGCACUUUUCAGAGGAAUGAGGUUAGACAAGGUGAGGGCUAAGCUUUGUGGCUUAGGCCCAGGAAUUCUCUUGCCCUUAGAACUGCCUAUACAUUGAUCAUUAACUGCUCUGAUCAAGUAUUUAAUACAUCAACCAUACUUCCAUGCCUGGUAUGCUACAGGACCUGACCAGCCUUCCUGCAACUAGACUAAAACUCAAACCCUGUGCCUGACCAUUUGUCAUUAGUAGAAAACAGUUUUUCUCCACUGCCCUUACUAUCUUUCCUUUAAAUGUCACUUGUCAAUUAUACUUACAAUUUUCUCAGUCUCAGGUAACCUUCCAGAUAUUCUGUUCUUAUCAUUUUGUAGGCACUAUCAUAUGGUCAUUCUUGGUAAAUUUUAUAUGCGAAGCUGAGAAAUAAGAUUAAUCUUUUUUAACUCUCCUGCAAUAAUUUUCAAUGUAGAUUAUACAUUUUCUACUUUUCAGAUUCAAAGAUAUGCCAUGUUGUGCAGAUAUACUAAAUAGUCAUCUUAUUUAACAAUAUACCAUCUAUUAUGUCUCAUACUCUAUGUUGAGUCUAUCAUCCUUCUCUCAGAAAAUGAGCAGCAAGAUUCAGCAUUGGCUUUCUAGAACAAUAGCACUUUGGUGAGUCUUGAACUUCUGGAAAUUUAGAAUGAUGUUCAAAGAGUCAUACCCAAAGGGGGCACCUGGGUGGCUCAAUGGAUUGAGAGUCAGGCCUAGAGAUGGGAGGUCCUAGAUUCAAAUCUGGCCUCAGACACUUCCCAGCUGUGUGACCCUGGGCAAGUCACUUGACCCCCAUUGCCUAGCCCUUACCACUCUUUUGCCUUGGAGCCAAUACACAGUAUUGACUCCAAGAUGGAAGGUAAGAGUUAAAAAAAAAAGUCUCAAGAUUCAGAGUUGAGCCUUUCAGAAUUCAUCUUGUCCAACCCUCCUCAAGUGACUAGAGAAAACUGAAGCACACAAGGAAUUGACCCCAAAACUCUUAAUCCUAAAGAGUGUCAGAGCCAGCUCUGGAGACCAAUCAUUCAGAGCCCAAUGGAAUAUUGACAAAGACAUUUUGUAUCUGAAGUGAGAUGUUGGAAGAAUAAAACCUGUAGAAGUGUCUCACUCUGAAAUGCUUUUCCCUAUGGAAUCAGGUAGAUGGUAUGUGCUGUCUGAGUAAAGAAUGAGAUUCUGUGGAGGAGAAAGAGAGAAGGUGAUCUGAAAUUGCUCCUUAUCACAAGUGUCAGAAUUGAUCUGGUAACAUUUUUUGAAGAGUUUGUGAGAAGGUACCAAGUGCUGUGUAUUGCUGGGGAAAAUAUUACCAGUGAUUAAUGAGGAGAAAACUAAGAAAAAGGAAUUCUCUACUCAGUUUCCUUAAAGGCUUUUACCAAAUGUGCUCAGAGGCAUCAGGCCGUGAUGUCUUGACAAAGUCACUCAUGGUAACCAAGAGGUCACAAGCACCAAGAGGAUUCCAAAGAGUUACAUAGAAUCAGACUGAUUCUAGCUAAGUGAAGAGGAGCAGUCUCUUAUUAUAUUGCACAUUUAGGGAAACACUGUGUAGGAUGCGGCUUAGCCAAAACAUCUUGUCUUUGCUUUAUGAUAAAUUUCAUUUGUUAAUGGAAUAUACUCAUUCAUUUUAUAAUUAGUCACAUAGAAAGAAGAGUAAUUAUGAUGAGGAAAAUAGGGGGUAUUGAUUAAAAAUAUAUAACAUUUUAAGAACUGGGGUUAGAUUGAGCUAAUUCAUAUGAAAGGUGUUGACUGUAAUGAUUGCAAUUCUCAAGAGGCUGGAUUUCUUCAUUUCAUAUUAAUUUAUUACUUGACUGGUCAAUUAAUGUGGUCAGUUGCCUUUCCACAAUCUAAAAGAAAGAUAAAAGAUACUACUGUUGUGGGAUGAAGAGGUGAACCCCUGGGGUUUGGGAAGGAUACCUUUCUGAAAGAAUGCAAGACUCCAAAACUUAGCUUAAAAAUAAAAAGAGAAAUUUAUUAAUUUAGAAAGUAAUGUUGAGAAUGGCCAGGAGGAUAGUAAAGGUGGAACAGCAAGACAGAAGGCUGCUCCUUGGGAGGAUAACAUGGAUGGAAAAGCUCUCACCCUGGGAGGACAGCAUGGAUGGAAAAGCUCUCCCCCAGACAACAUCAUUUCUGGGGAUUUUAUACUCUUUACAACAGAUGCUGUCAUGGUGAGGACAUGACCCUAGAAUGGUAAACCCUCAGGCAUUUGGUCAUCUGACUGGGGUCUGCCUGGAGACAUAGGGAAUGACCCUCAUAAAGUAUUCUUUAGUUUUAGGGAACAGACAGAUGUCUGAGAUACAGCUCGAUAGUAUUGAGGUAUAACCUGGAGGUGCAUCUCUGUCCAUCUUAAAUCUAAAGGAGGAUCAAAGAAGGAUAAUCUCAGAGUUUUAUAGGAAUUAUUAGAUGUUUGGGGUUAAGAGUCAUGAGGAUGUAAGGGAGCAAAGGAAUUUCCCUGAUAAUAGUUUGCCUGAGUUUCUGGGGGUACAAUGCCCAUGUCACUACUCUAGCACAAUUCUGUGUGUGUGCAUGUGUGUGUGUGUGUGUGUGUGUGUGUGUGUAUUUAUAUGGGGGACCUCACCACUCAGUCCCUCCACUGGACAUCCCCUGCUAUCUCAAAUUCAUAAUUACCACUGAGGAGGGGGACUUAUGGGACCUCAACUUCUCCCUCAUUACUUCAUCACAAGAGAAGCAGGUCUUUGUCCAGACAAGGAAGGUGCUACUCCAAGCUUUCCUCACUCUGGUGGCUAGUCCAACACACUCUCAAACUGCAUCAAAAUGCAUCAUGACUUACCAGCCCUGAACUGGCACUGGAACUUAAUUGUUUUAUUUUUUUUUAAACUCUGACCUUCCAUCUUAGAAUCAAUACUAUGUAUUGGUUCUAAGGCAGAAGGUAAGGGCUAGGCAAUGGGGGUUAAGCAAUUUGCCCAGGGUCACACAGCUAGGAAGUGUCUGAGGCCAGAUUUGAACCUAGGACCUCCUGUCGCUGGACCUGGCUAUCAAUCCGUCUAUCUCUUAAUCCUUUCAUCUUAAACAAAAGGGGGAGGGGGGAUUCACCUGUAGUGUCAUAGCCUGAGGAAUGAGGGGACUGAAAGUCUUGAAUUUUGACCUUGAAGAGCUUGUAAUAAUUAAAAUAGUGGAAGACAUAAAUUGUGGCAGAUAAAAGAGUGUUUGGCUUAAAUUGUGACCGCAAAGAUAUGUUUUUUAUAUUAAAAAUAAAGUGGUCACCAGGGAAAAAUUCUCAAAUAUUAAAUAUACCCAAGUCAGCUGGGUUUUAAUAGAGAUUUUAAUUAAUACAAAUGAGGAAUUAAAGAAAGAGAGAAAAAGGGAAUAAUGAGAAAAAAAGGCUAUACCAGCCUAAGCCAACAUGAGCCAGCCUAAGCUGAAAACCCUAAGAGAGGGAUCAGUCAGUCUUUUAUCAACUCACCACAAGAUAUCUAAGAGGAAGCCCCGAGAGAGACCCUUCAAGGCAGCCUUGGCCAGCUGCCUCCUCCAAUUCAGCCUUUCCCAGCUGACUUGUCCCUAGAGAGAGCUUUUUGUCUCCUUUUAAAGGGAAUUUUCUCCUAUGUCACCUCCCUAAGUUCUCACAUCUACCAACCACAGUAGACGGUUUCCAAAGGACAGACCAUUCUUAGUUCACACCUAAGAAGGCUUGAACUUUUAAUUAAGUUCACACCAGAAAACCUCUGAGUAAGUUCUCAGCUCUUUGCUCCUUGUAAAUUCACAAGUUGCCUGACCUUUAUAGGUACUCAGCACCCUUUUGUAUUAGAUAUAAAAAUAGGCACAGCUUAAGAACUUUUGCCUUACUAUAAGUAUGGGUUUAAGUAUUUUUCAUUGUUCAGCAAGGAGUUUCUUCCCCUAAAGCAGGCUUAAGUAGGGGUGGAGUAGAGGUCUCACAUUCCUGAUCUAAGUCCCUUCAUUGCUUAAAUGGGGAAUGGUCUUAACCAAACCUUAUGAAGUAGGGUAUGAGAAUUUUUAAGAUUCACAAGCUAAAGGGAAAUUUAUUCCACAAAAAGAUUACAAUUCAAUAUUUGCAAGGCUCAUCAAAAAGGUGGCCAACCUUUUCGUGACCUUGCCUGGGGUAACAAACAUACAGAGUGACGAAUGGAUGCUAUAUGAAAAAGCAUAACAACCCUUUAUUGAGUUCAAACAAAGCAAUAUAUAGGUUAAGACACACAGGAAGAUAUGAUGUUAUCGCCCAGCAACAGCAGGAACUAAUAAUUGGGCAGAUUCAUAGGAAUUCGUGACGUUACCUGCCAGGCACAGGGAAGAACCGAGAGGAUUCCAAACAAAGACAGAGAAGCAACUUUCUCACAGUCUCUCACAAUUUCUCACAACCCUUAUCAGUCCUCUGCUGGUUACUCCAACCUUACAGUUUCUUUCUCACAAACCUUAUCAGUCCUCCCUCUGAUGGUACUCCAACCUUGAGCACACAGCUGGGCAGGUCGUACACAGUUCAACCCACGACCCUGACUAUGCAGCCCAAACAGAGAGAAGAGGAGGCUUAACCCUUACGGUUCUGCCUUUACGGCAAUGCCUCAACUACAAACAUUAAAUUUCAACAACAGUUUAUUUGUGAAAAAUAGAGGAUCCAAGCCUAGACCUGGAACCCUAGGGAUAACUUACUGCAGUCAGAUCCACGUUAUCAGCCAAAUCUAGUGCAGUAUUGGACAAACCUUUUAUCAACAGUCCUAGUUUAAGUAAGACCCUACCAUUUGGAAGUAAUUCUCUUUCAUGUAGAUAGAAAUCUCUUUUCACUUGUUCAUCAUUAUGAUUUCUUCCUUAAAACAUAUGAUUUCUCUUUUUGUAAUCUAUAGUUCAUCCUUAGCUUCCUUCAAUUCUAUUAGGAAGAAUUUAAGACUUUUCCCCCUUCUUUUUGUAGAUUCUAAAGAAUUUACAAAAUUGUCCUUUUCACUGGGGUUUCUUGAGUUAUGAUUCUUCAUUGCACUGUAUUUCUUCUGUAGGAUUUAAAUUAAAUUAACAACUAAUACUUCAAGAAUUAUAUUUUAUAAAGUUAUAAAGUUUAUUAAUAAUCACUUGAAGUAAAGGAAUAAAAAAGGUAAUUAUCUAAUAAAGACCAUGUGACUAAAUUCUCUUGCCUGUUUAAAAAGCCCACUCUACCAAAGCUGUGACAGGAAGAAAAGAGAGCAAAAGGCAGAGCUACACCAAAUUUAUAUUAUCCCUAUGUCACCAUGUAACAUGAGAAGGAGAGUGGAGUGCUGGGAAUUGUAGUUUUAGGGUAGAGAUAUUAAUUACACAAUCCUCCCUGUAAUCUUUUGGGAGACUAGUCUCUCCAAUGGAUCAUUUAAACAUAACCAGCUUAUAUCUCUAAAGAUCGACAACUAAAGAUACAUAGAAUAUAGUACUUUCUAAGAGGAAAUUACAAUAAUUUGGGGAUAAGAGGGAAAUAGAAGAGAAAGUGAACUAAACCAAUGAUUGACAGGUGCAUUAACAAAAAGUCAAUUAGGUACAGUCCCCGUUGGCAUAAGUGUACACACAAAAUAAAUGGGUUCAACCCCCUCACAGUUCCAUUUCACUACCUCCCAAAGUUCAUUCUGGAUCCUUUGGUGCAGUGUCAGUUUUCUGCAGGCAUCUUCAUGCCUCCUCCAAACAGUUCACUUUCUGGAUUCAGGGAGGUAGCAAGCCUCUUAUCCUAAAAUUACUCUCAAAUAAGAAAAAUUUUAUAAAACUAGAAUUUAUGACAAUUAUAUGGUCCCCCCUGAAUAGGGUGUUGACAAACACAUGGAUCACUCAGGGAUGUCUGGCUGAGUCAUGAGGUAUGUGAAUCAAUUGUUAAAAGGAAAUCAAAAACAUAAAAAAAACAGAAGAAAAGAAAAAAAAAUCAAAAUUAAAUAGUAUGUAUAAAUUCUGAGUAAAUAAGAAUAAAUCCAUAACAGGUUCUUAAAUCAGGGUCCAAUGAAGUGAUUUAUGUCCCACAAGCCUGUAGGACCUUUUCAGCAAUAUGUACUUACCCAAUCAGCAGCCAGAAGUACAGAAAAUUCCCACACUUAUGAAAGACAGAAAAAAAAGCCUAGAUUUUAGUAGCAAAUGGAAAAUAUCAUUCCCUUGUCUGAUUCUACCUUUGCUCUUCUGGAUAGGGGAGCCAAUAUUCUAGCCAAACUGAGGUACUUUUCAGAAUAUGGCAUGGAGAAGACCUAUGUCUGAUGUAUGUCAAACAGCUGCAAUCUCAAACCCCAAAACAAGCCCUCUGUCUUGGUGCAGAAUUGUAUUAAUUCCAUCAGGAUUGGUUGGUCUCCUUGACCUUGUGCUUGUAGGCACAGUGCAGAUUGCUUUGUGCCUCCUUGACACUGUGUAGUGGCUCUUUUGUGAUCCCUUCUCCUGGAAUCAGAAACAAUUAUUAAUCAAAGUCCCAUAACAUUUAUUGAUCAAUGGCAGGUUUCCAUAGUCUAAAGCUUUUGGGUAUGUGUUCAUAUUAGAGCAAAUGUAUAUUUUAAACUUAUAUUAGUGCAAAAUCAAAAAAACAUUAAUACUGGUAACCUGUGCCUCAAGUAUAAAAAUGAGAGAAAAAAAGAAAACUCAAAUAUCUUGUUGCACAUGCAAGGAAAAACAAUAAUAAAAAUUUUUUUUAAAUCAAAUAUGUAUAGAUUUCAUAAUCAGUGACUUUGGUUGAUUAAGGAAAGGCACAAUGCAAACGUUUCUCAAUCAAAAAUGAGAUCCAUUUCCUUUUUAACUUAGCUAUGAUCCACAGUGUAAGUGUACAUACUUUAAACUAAGAAAACAGCUUAAAAAACAAAACAAAACACAGUAGUGUAGCAGCUAAUGUACAUUCAAGAAGUACCAAAAUCCCCAAAGUCAUAAGAGCACAUUUAAAUAACAAUAGCAAACAAACCCCACUCAUUAGGAUUCACUGAGUCUCUAUAGCCACUGAGUCUCAUGGAUACUUGUCACAAGUUCUUCAGAUCUAGCCAAUCUUUCAACCUUGACUGAGAUAUUUUUAACAAAAUCUAUUACUGCCAUUGUUCCAAAAUUUAACAGGAGAGUCCAGAAAAAUCCCUCUACUGCUGAUGAAAAUCUUUUGGGUCUAAUGUCACCAAGAAUCUAGAUUGCUCUGGUGGAAGGAUAGAGUAAACUGAAGAUUUAGAAAUAUAAAAAAAAUCCAGAAGCUACUAGACUUCAUGGGAAAUGCUCCCUCUCAGGGGCCAUUCAGGGGGGUACCAUGCACUCUAGGAAAACCUUACCACCUCCAGAUGAACCUCCCUCCUCUGGCAUGGAACUGUAACAGCUGUAAAAUGCAUGUCUUUGUGUCCCAUCCAUUGCAAUGUGGAGGUAUGGGCUACAAUAGUGAAAAUCACUUCAGAUGUCUCAUCCAUUACAUUUUUAAUAAAUGCAGAGGUGGGGAAUACAAUAGUGCUGUUGCACUUCACUUCUACUACUAAAUGGACCCUUACCUUUUGUUAUACACAAGUGAAAGGUAGGCAAAUGAUCAGUCAGAGGUAGUGGUGCUACUAGAUAUCUGAAAAUCACUUCUGAAGACCAUUUAAAAUCAAUUGAGAUAUUUAGCUUAUUAAAUUCUCCAAAGUUUGUAUACAGGUUGCAACCAGUUUGAUGGAAUCCAUCUCUUCUUCCCAGAAUGUGGCUGUGGAGGCUGGGGGGAGAGCUUGCCAGGAAAGCUUACUCACAUGGUCUUACUUUAGUUAGAAAAUUAGGUUUUUAAUUUCUAUUUCUUUUUCUUCCACUUCAAGUGAUUAUUAAUAAACUUUAUAAAAUAUAAUACUUGGAGUUACUGGAUAUUAAUUUUAAUCUUACACUCCUGACUUACAGAAAAACUGGGAUACAAAAUGUUCCCAAUACAAAAUGUUCAUCAGGUUUAAAGAGAUAGUCUCAAUUUAUAAGAAGAUAUAAUAGAAUUAACAUUUCAAAAGGUUGGACAGUUCAAGCAAAUUAGCAUCUUCAAGAAACUGGAGAAUAGCUUUAGAAUGGGUACAUUCAAACAAAUUUAUAUUUUAUUUUUAAAAAUUUAUUUAUUUGUUCAUUUUUCAAUUAAUUAAGAAUAUUCUCCCAUCGUUACAUGAUUCAUGUUCUUUCCCUCUCCUCCUUCCUUCCCCCUCCCAGAGCCAAGAAGCAAUUACAAAGGGUUUUAUAGGUAUCAUUCCUCAAAACCUAUUUCCAUAUUAUUAAUAUUCACAACAGAGUGAUCAUUUAAAGCCAAAAUCUCCAUUCCUAUCCCCAUCUAGCCAUGUGAUUCAGCAUGUUUUUCUUCUGCAUUCCCACAGUUCUUUCUCUGAAUUUGGAUAAAGUUCUUUCUCAUAAGUCCCUCAGAAUUGUCCUGGAUCAUUGCAUUGCUGCUAUUUGAGAAGUCCACUGCAUUCGAUUGUGCCAUAGUUCAUCAGUCUCUGUGAACAAUGUUCUCCUGGUUCUGCCCCUUUCACUCUGCAUUGGUUCCUGGAGGUAUUUCCAGUUCACCUGGAAUUCCUCCAGUUCAUCAUAUUGGCUUGAGGCCCUUCAUAAUUAUUCCUUUCCUACUCUUUCUCUAAUUCCUCAUUUUAUUAUUAAUUAAAAAUCUCUAUAAAACCCAGUUGACUUGGGUAUUUGAAUAAUUGGGAAUAUUUCCCUGGCGACCACCUUAUAUUUGAUUUAAAACCAAGACACUGUAGUGAAACAUAUUUUCUGCGGUCAAAUUUACUCACCCUCUCUUAUAUCUAUCACAAUUUAUAUCUUCCACCAUUUUAACUCACUACAGUUUAAGACCUCAACCAUUUUAAAUCUAACAAAACCCUAAAAGUCAAAGGAGAAAUUAAUAAAAUUGAAAAUAAAAGAACUAUUGAACUAAUAAAUAAGACUAGGAGCUGGUAAAAAAUUGAACUCACCUUCCAAUAAGAAGCAAUUGAGGGCAAUUCUAGGAGCAACAGGAUUUUGUAGGCAGUGGAUCCCUGGCUAUGGGGAAAUCACUAAGCCACUUUAUAGCACUAACAACAAAUUCAGUACCUAAAGUACUAAAAUUAGAAGUGGAACACCCCUGUCAGUUCUUUCACAAUUGUAACAUAUCCUAUAUACCCCUGCUCUAGGUAUCUCAAAUUAAAAUAAACCAUUUCCUUUGUAGUAAAUGAACAGAGAGGGGUAGCUUCAGGUGUUUUAACUCAAACUUUGGGACCUGCUUUGCAACCAUUGCUUAUUAUUUGGUCCAGCUGGACCCAUUAGCUUCAGGAGCACCAUCAUGUCUUAGUAGCUGCCACAGCCUUGCUAAUGACUAAAUUUACCGAUUUAGUAUUGGGAUGCCCUUUAAUCAUAAUGUGCCCACAUGACGUCAAGGCAUUAUUGCUACUACAUAGAACACAGGCAUUUUCUGAUCAGAGAAUUACAAAGUAUGUGGUAACCUUUUUGAAUAAUGAAAAUAUUACAUUAAAAUGAUGUGCAGUUCUAAAUCCUGCAACCUUAUUUCCCGAUUUACCAGUUUCAGGAGAACCUUUGCACAUUUGUGAAUCUUUAGUGUCCAUGGAUUUACUGGAUACUCUUUUAAACAAUUCAGAACUAGUAUUAUUUACUAAUGGUUCUUCUUUUAUGAGGGAUGGUAUACACUACACAGGAGCUGCUGUAGUCAAAGAAUUUGCCACUCUGUGGUCAGCUUCACUGCCCUCAAAUAUAAGUGCUCAAGGUAUAGAACUGAUAGCUCUAAAACAUGCCUGUCUAAUUGCCAGAUAAGAAGGCAACAAUUUACAUAGACUCUAGAUAUGCAUUCAGAAUAUGUCAUGCAGUGGGCAUUCUUUGGCUUCAAAGGGGAUUUUUAACAUCAGCUGAAAAAUGUAGAGCUAAUGCAGAAAUUAUUAAUGAAGUUCUUUCUGCCCUCCAGCUCCCUGAAGCCCUAACUGUAAUUCAUUGUUCUGCCCAUACACAUGGCACUGAACUCUGUCUGGGGAAUGACCAGGCAGAUACCGUGGAAAAGCUAGUGGAGGCCACUGAGUUAAUUUUAACAUUGACAACUAUUGAUGACUUAAAUCUAUCCCUUUCUUAUAAAGAAAAAGAAAUGGGAAAAUGGAAGCAAAAAUUUAAGACCAAAAAGUUAAAUGGAGUCUGGGUAUCAUCUGAAGGAAAAUCUCUGCCCCCUAGUAGUUUUUAUCACCAAAUUUGCCACUCCAUUCACAAAAAAAUGGUCAGUUUGGUACCCAGGGCAUUGUGGACUUUGUUAAAAGACUAUGGAUAGCCCCUAGCAUAACUACUUGCUGUAGUGUGGGCCAGCCUCCCACAGGGGGUGGAGUCUUGGAGGUGGGACAGUGUCAACGAAAUGAUGGAUGGGACACAGCUUUCGCAUUUAACCCGCAGCACAGGUUUCACAGGAUAAACUGCUCCAUCUUGGCUGAGGCCUGGCUUUAUUUUAUACCCUCGUGAUCACACAUCUACUUGGUACACAGUUUCAUUCUCAACAUACAUGUUUCCAUAGAACCAACAACAGAUGGGAAGCCUAGGGAGACAGUCAACAAAACAUUGUUGCUAAGUGCAUGGUUAGAGUGUAGAAUCAACAUGACCUAGAUGUAGGUUAGGGAAUUCAGAGCACAGAUUUGCCAGAAGUUUUUAUGCCUAGAAAAGAGGGUCCUAUCUAAGUGGGUAUAUAAGAAUCCUUACGUUUAAUUUUGUAAGUGGGCUCUCCUGUAGUAGGCUCUCCUGGUAAUAUUCUGGGGGGACAGAUUCUAUUAACAUCUCUAUUAACCCUGCAAGCAUGUUGCUCUCAUCUAUUUUUCCUGGGACUAAAUAAGAAUCAUAAUUAAUUCCAAUAGUAAGGGGAUGUUAAUAAGGAAAUUUACUUAGGGGGUUUCAGUGGGUGUUUCCAUCCUUCCUGGGGACUGCUUUGCAGUUCCUGGUUUCCAUGUGGACUGUGUCAUUCAUAUAGUCUUGAUGGCUCCCAGCAACUACUGUUAUGGGGUUUAGAGGUGUACCCCUUGGGUUCAGGAAGGAUACCUUUCUGCAAGAAUGCAAGACUCCGAAACUUAACUUAAAGGUAAAAAGAGAAAGAUUUAUCAGUAAAAUAACAAGGGGAUAAAUCCUUUGCCAUCAAGACAACAUAAGUGGAACAACCUAGAGGUUGUCCCCGAAUGCCUCCAUUCCGGAGUUUUUAUAUUCUUUCAUUUCAACUGAAUGGGAGCAAUCAAAGAAGGGUAAUCUCUAAGGUCAGGUGUUUUAGAUUGGGAGUCAUGAGGGUCUCAAGAAGCAGAGGAAUUUCCCUGAUAUGGUUUACCUGAGUUUCUGGAGAUACAAUGCCCAUGACAACUACCAUAGUCUCUAAAGUGUGUACAGCCUCCCCUACCUAGCAAGCAUUUAAUCAGCCUGCCUUUUGUGGCAAAGCUUUUGGUGUCCUCUGGCUUACACACCUUUUGAACACCUACAAAUUGACUUUCUCUCUAUGCCAAAAGCUGGACAGUAUAAAUUUUGUCUGGUCAUAGUAGAUCAGCUAACCAAAGUGUCUAAAGCAUUUCCUAUUGCUUAAGCCACAGUGGCUUUUGUUGCCAAAGUGCUUUUAAAAGAAAUUAUGGGGGCAGCUGGGUAGCUCAGUGGAUUGAGAGCCAGACCUAGAGAUGGGAGGUCCUAGGUUCAAAUCUGGCCUCAGACACUUCCCAGCUGUGUGACCCUGGGCAAGUCACUUCACCCCCAUUGCCUAGCCCUUACCACUCUUCUGCUUUGGAGCCAAUACACAGUAUUGACUCCAAGAUGGAAGGUAAGGGUUUAAAAAAAAAAAGAAAUUAUUCCUCACUUUGGCCUGCCAGCAUGCAUUGAUUUAUAUAGAGGAACUCAUUUUACUGAUUUGAUUCUGUCUCAGAUUUCUUCAUGUUUGGGAAUAACUCCUAAAUUCCAUGUACCAUACCAUCCCCUGUGAAUCUUAAAAACUGCUCAGACUCUACCUUAGAACAUUUGGUUAAGGCUAUUCCCUUAUUGUAACAAAUGGAGGUACUUGAUUGGGAAUUUUAACAUUACUCCACCCAUACUUGGGCAUACUUUAGGGGAAGAUAAAGUUGUAAACUCCUUACUGAACAAUGAAAAGUCACCAACUUAUAGUUAUAGUGAAGCAAAAACCCUAAGCUAGGUCUAUUUUUAGAUCUAAUACAAAAGUGUGCUAAUAAGUACCUAUAAAGGUUAAAUUAAUCACUAUAAGGUCAAGCAACUUACAAAAGGCAAGCUUAACAAAAGAAGUGUGAAGUUUUAGUCUACCUAGAGAAGGUGAGAACAAAAGAAGAUGUGAACUAAGAAUGGUCAGUCCUGGGGAAAACGUCUACUGUGAUUGGUAGAUGUGAAAAUUUAGGGGAAAUGACAUAAGAGAAAUUUCUCUUUAAAAGGAACUGGCUCUCUGGACUUAGGGAGGGGGGAGUUUGGACUAGUUGGAGUAGCUGGGUCUCUGAACUCAGUUCAGGAAUUGAGGAUUUCAGUGAAGGACUGGAGUUUUGCUUGGGACAAAUCUUGUGGUGAGUGGAUAAAAGACUGACUAGUCUCUCUUAAAGCUCAGGCAGGCCUAGGCCAUUUGGCCUAGGCCCUUCCUACUCUUACUCUGUCUCUCUCCCUUCCCUUAAUUCCUUCAUUUGUAUUAAUUAAAAUCUCCAUAAAACCCAGCUGACCUGGGUAUUUCAUAUUUGGGAAUUUUCCCAUGGCAACCACUUAUUUUUAAUAUAAAAAUCAAGACACUAAAAAUUAUUUUUACAGUUUGGCUGAAACCUUUACAAUUUUGGCAAUUCACUGCCUUGGAAAACCAUAUUUUUGUGGUAACACCCCUGAGCUCAGGCCAAGUUGAAAGAAUUAACAGAGAACUUAAAAGUAUGAUUGGAAAAUUGUGCACUGAGAUUCCUUCAAAAUGGCCUGAAAUUCUCCCUCUGGCCCAAUUUAACCUAGAACAAGGCCCAGAGGAGAUCUACACAUCUCACCAUUUGAGAUGCUUUUUGGACACCCUCUAUACAGGCUAAGCCUUUCUCUCCCACAUAUAUUUCAUUACUAGGAGGAGAUUCUUCUCUGGUCUCAUAUAUAUAGGAUUUACAGCCCAAACUGCAAGAGCUCCAUGAAUCUGGAGCUGCUGUAUAAGCAGGACUUAUAGACUUCUCACUCCAUGACUUGCACCCAGGUAACAAAGUUUACAUAAAGAACAUACAGUAUACUAGAGCAAUUCAGCCUGCCUAUGACAGUCCAUUCCAAGUCUUGUUAACUACUCCAGCAGCUAUUAAAAUUGGAGAAAAGGACUCUUGGAUCCAUUGCUCCCAUGUAAAGAGAGCACCUUCACUAGAUGAUAAUUAAAUACUAUAAUCUUUAUUGCAUUUUACUGAUUGCCUUGAGAUUUAAUUUUGUUUUUAAGUAUAUAUAGAUGUAGAUGUAGAUAUAGAUAUAGCUAGCUAGCUAACUAACUAGAUAGAUAGAUAUUGCUGUUUCUCUUCAGCUAUUGUAUUUUUGCUGUGGGAUAUAUAGUCUAUUCCCUGUUUUUAUUUGUACUAUCCUAUAUUUGAACCUGAGAAAAUACUGUUAUAAAAGUCCAUAAACUAGUUGGACAAAUCUUGUAUUAGUAACCUUUAGAUAAGUUAAUGUGCUUAUUGUGAAUUGUGAGAAUUUUUAUACUUUCUUUGAACAUGCAUUGCCUAUUGUACUACUGUAUUAGUAACCUGUUACUUUGCACAAAUCAUUUGUAUUCACACUGUGGAUCAUGGCUAAGUUAAAAAGGAAAUGGAUCUCAUUUUGGGGGUGAGAAACCUUUGUAUUUUGCCUCUUUGGCUGACACAGUGUGUCACUGUUUGUAAGCUAUAUGCUUUUGAUUUUUAAAAGAUUUUAUUAUUAUUUUUCCUUCCAUGUGCAAUAUAGUAUGAGUUUUCCUUUUUCUUACUCCCAUUUUUUGCACUUGAAACACAUCAUCAGUAUUAAAAAGAUUUUUUGAUUUUGCACUAGUGUAAGUUUAAAAUGUCCAUUAGCCCUAAAUGUACAUGCGUACCCCAAAGCUUUAGACUAUGGAAACCUGUCACUGGUUGUUUAAAUAUUAUGGGACUUUACUUACUGAAAGUAUCGGAUUUAAUGAGAAGGGAUGACAAAGGAGCACAGAUUUCACCUGCACAGAGCCAAGGGAGUACAGACUUAACCUGCAUAAUACCAAAUGAGCACACAGGUCAAAGAGAUAAAUCAAUUGUGGUAGGAUUGAGGAGAUUCUGGGCCAAUACAAGAGAACUCUAACCUUGUAUUAGACUUGAGGUUUCUGAUUGAAGAAAAUCGGGCACAGACAGAAGAAAUGACCUGCAAAGCAAAGAAAAAAAAAUCAGAUGGAACACAGAUCAUUGGAGGAGGAGAGAGAGAGAGGAGAGGGUGAAUGUUUCAUGGAAGCUUGAAAAAGUUGUCAGUUAGACCCCAGCUAUACUGGUCUCACUUCUUUCCUUUCUUCUGUGGAGAGUGGUCUGAAGAUACCAUUUCAUCUUCUGUCUGGUCAUAACCUUUUCUACCUCUAAUUGGAGCUGAAGAAGAGAGUCUUGCCCAGAAAAGACUUUGGCAGAGUUACUGCCAUCUCCUCUCAGAGGAAGAGAUAUUUUUUCCUAUCAAAGAGAUUUCUUUAAAAGUCUUCAACCAAUGUUACAUAUUUAGAAAAUAGGGAGUCCUUUUCCCUCUUUCCCAACCUCAUCCUUAUUCCCCUCUCCCCAAAAGGAUAAAAGAUCCUUUAACUAAAGAAAUUAGUUUGAAGGAUUAUUGUUAUUAGAUAGAGGAAUUUGACUUGCCAUCUGUGAGGAAAACCUCUAUCAGGUUGUUUGGUGAAGGAAGAACAGGAAGUGGGGGGGGGGGCUCAAGAUUCAGCUUCUUACAUUCAACUACUUCUUGGUGUGACAUCUUUUGAUUUCCCCUCUAGUACAGGUUACAGCUGUUAGACCUAUGUUAGAUGCAAGACUCUGUAUAAUUGAAAAUCUGUUAAUCUAAAAAAAAUUGAAUUUUUUAUUUCUCCCAAAGGUUAAUUUUUCUUUUUAUGUUUUUGGUUUUUCUUCUGAUAAUUGACUCAUACAUCUCAUAACUCAACUACUUUGAGUUGAUCUGCAUGUUGGUGAACACCCUCUUGAGGGGGGAAUGUAUAAUUAAAUUCAUUUUCACAACCAGGGGAGAGUAAAAUUUAAUCUUCACAACUCCUUGUGCCAUACUCUCUAUCAAGUACCUAACAUUGCUAGUUCUUGCUCCCCUAUCCCUGAGAGACAAGGAAAAAUCAGAGCAGGGAAUGAUAUUUCCCAUUUGCAUCAAAAAUCUAGUCCCUUUUCUGUCUUUUACCCUGUGGCAAAUUACUGUAGUCCUGGCUGCUGAGUGGGUAAGUGCAUGAUUGCUAUUACAGGCUUAUUUGACAUAAAUCACUUUAAUUGGGCCCUGGUUUAAGGACCUGUUAUAAUUAUAUUUUUCCUUACUUAGGACUUUUACAUAUAAGACUUAGAUAUUUUAUAUUUCAUUUAGUAGUUACUUUUUUCUCUUUUAUUUGUUUUUUUUGAAGGAAGGUGUGGUCAGAGGGCCAAGUUGAACAGGGCUGCUCAGGAUCAGGAAGGACUAGAUGCCAAGACAUGACCAGUACCCUGGGGUCAGGGGAUUAGCAAAAGUGCAGGGUUUGGGGUAACGUACCAGCCCCUCCCCGAUAUCUCUCUGCCCUUCCCACCUCCUCAUGGUCCUCCAUCAGACACCCCAUCCUUACCCUUUCUCCCCUUCCCACUCCCAUUCUUCCCACUCUCUUACCCUGGAGCUCUUCUGAGUGGAUUUCCAGGCUGCCUUUGCCGCCCCUCCCCCAUCCCAAGGGACCCCUCCCCCCACCCUCUGCACUGUCCCUCCUCCCCCUGCAGGUCCUUCCUCCCCUCCCCCACCAUCAGAGAGGGUCACUUCUCCUCCAGACCAGGGAGGGGGGGAUUGGACUCCACCUCCUAGAAGAGCUAACAUUUAGAGAAGUUUCCUGGGUGCCAGGCACCGUUGGGAAGGCUUUACAAUUCCCAUCUCAGUGACCCUGGGCGAGUCAUUUCACCUUUUCCCCCUUUACUCAGUCAACAAAUUUUGUUGAAGAGGAAGAAGUUCUUUGGGAUGCUUAAGGACAAAGGAAAUGGAAAAAGAAAUAGAUUAGAUGGAAUCUCGGAGCUGGGUCCAACAGAGAAAUACAGUCAUUGUUCCUAAAAUACAGGAAUUGGGGCUUUUCCGCUCCAGGGCCCUGCUAUUAGGAUCAAUAUGGCACCGGAACCAUGCCUUCUCGGGCGCCUCAUUCAGGACAAGGACCAGCCAGUCCGCCUCAGUUCGGUCCUCCCUGAAAUGAGGAGAUCCCGCUCAGGGGCUUCUUGGGUUCCUUCUCACCCUCGGUCUGUGUUCUCAGAAACGCUUCCGUGGUUCUUUCUAUAGCCGCCUCCUAUAUCACAGGAAGGAGGUCCAGGAGGAUCAAAGCUAAAAAUAAGGAAAGGAAAGGAAAAGCACCCGGCUGCAGCCAGGGAGAAUGGGAACCCUUGGUGCGUGGCUUCUCCUCCACCAGAGCUCCAAACCUCGGGCACUUGGAAAUAAAACUCCAUUUCCCAGAAUGCUUCCGGCACGUCGUAGCACUCCCACUGUAGAAGACUCCAUUUCCCAAAAUGCUUGUUUUGGCACCUCCCCACUCUGUAGUUCAAGUGUUGGUGAGGGCGGUCUCUGCUCCUGGAGUGAUCGCUAGUGUUGGUUUUGGUACUUUGUUCUUGAGAGAGGAGGGAACGGAAUCGAUGCAAAGGUUGCUGCUGGAGCUUCAGCAGAGGAGGCUUUCUUUUCUCUAACUGCUGGGGAGAGAGAAGCCCCGGGUGGAUGAGUCGAGGGUGCACAAAGAGGACCUCCUGAGGGACCACAGUCUGGGCCAAGCAGAGACCCUGGAGUCUGAGGGAAUGGCCCCCAGCACCCAGAGGCCCCCUUCCCAGGGGUCAAUAACAUUCAAGGAUAUGGCUGUGGACUUCACCCAGGAGGAGUGGUGCCUUUUGGACCCUUCUCAGAAAGAGCUGUACAGGGAAGUCAUGCUGGAGAGUGUGCAGAAUCUACUUUCUUUGGAGGCAGAGACUAAUCUUGAAGUGAAGGAGAUAUCUCCAAAGCUGAGCAUUUUUGUGAAAGGAUCUCGCCCUCAGAGAGGCAUUAAUAAGGGUUGCUGUGACUUCAUUUUGAGAGAAAUCUGUGAUACUAAAAUCAAGAAAAUCCCCCUGGAGAGAAACCUCAUGAGUGAGGCUGAGCUUAUAGUUGCCACUCUUAACUCAUUUAACAGAAGAGGAUCCACACUAGAGAGAAACUUUUGGAAUAUGAUCGAUGUGGGGUCAAUAACAUUCAAGGAUAUGGCUGUGGACUUCACCCAGGAGGAGUGGUGCCUGUUGGACCCUUCUCAGAAAGAGCUGUACAGGGAGGUGAUGCUGGAGAAUGUGCAGAAUCUACUCUUCGUAGAGGCAGAGACUAAUUUUGAAGUGAAGGAGAUGUCUCCAGAGCUGAGCCUUUUUGUGGAAGGAUCUGGCCCUCAAAAAGGCAUGAAUCCCCUUUACUUCCUUUUGAGAGAAAUCUGGGAUGCUAAUAUCAAGAUAAAUAAAAACCCAAAGAGGGACUGUGAAUUUGAUGAAGUUGUAGAGAAAUUCAGCCAACAUUCAGUUCUAAAUCAGUAUAUGAAGCUCAACUCAGGAAAUGACUAUUGUGGAGAUAGUGAAUACACCAAAUGCUUUCCUGAAAAAGUAGGAUUUGAUCAGUCACAUGAGAAACCUCCUGAAAUGCCCAUGUAUCAAGGUAACCUAAGAAGAAUCACCUAUGACUCCAGUUUAGACCUCACAAGACUUCAAAAGAGUAAACACAUAAAGAUGGUUUCUAUGAACAAUAAAGUUGGUCAUAUCUCUGAGCUUGGUUCAUAUCACACAAUCCACACUGGAAAGAAAACUUAUGAAUGUAAACAGUGUGGAAAGGCUUUCAAAUGGAGGGGAAAUCUUGCUCAGCAUCAAAGGAUCCACACUGGAGAGAAACCUUAUGAAUGUACUCAAUGUGGAAAGGCUUUCACACGGAGGGACCAUCUUGCUUCACAUCAGAGAAUCCACACUGGAGACAAAACUUAUGAAUGUACACAGUGUGGAAAGGCUUUCAUACACAGGGUGAGUCUUGCGGCACAUCAAAGGAUCCACACUGGGGAGAAACCUUUUGAAUGUACACAGUGUGGAAAGGCUUUCACACAAAGGGGCUCUCUUGAUAAGCAUCAGAGAAUACACUCUGGAGAGAGACCUUAUGAAUGUAAACAAUGUGGAAAGGCUUUCACAGAGAAGGGCUCUCUUGAUAAGCAUCAGAGAAUCCACUCUGGAGAGAAACCUUAUGAAUGUACACAAUGUGGAAAGGCUUUCUCAGAGAGGGGCUCUCUUGCUAAGCAUCAGAGAAUCCAUUCUGGAGAGAAACCUUAUGAAUGUACACAAUGUGGAAAAGCUUUCACAGAGAGUGGCUCUCUUGCUGCACAUCAGAGAAUCCACACUGGAGAGAAACCUUAUGAAUGUACACAAUGUGGAAAGGCUUUCACACGGAGUUACCAUCUUGCUUCACAUCAGAAAGUUCACACUAGAGUGAAAUCUUAUGAAUGCAAACAAUGUGGAAAGGCUUUCACAGUGAGGGGCAAUCUUGCUGUACAUCAGAGAAUCCACACUGGAGAAAAACCUUAUGAAUGUAAACAAUGUGGAAAGGCUUUCACAGACAGGGGUAAUCUUGCUAGACAUCAAAGAAUCCACACUGGAGAGAAACCUUAUGAAUGUACACAAUGUGGAAAGGCUUUCACAGACGGGAGCAAUCUUGCUAAGCAUCAGAGAUUCCACACUGGAGAGAAGCCUUAUGAAUGUAAACAAUGUGGAAAGGCUUUCACAAAGAGGAGUAAUUUUGCUGCCCAUCAGAGAAUCCACACUGGAGAGAAACCUUAUGCAUGUAAACAAUGUGGAAAGGCUUUCACACAGAGGAUUAAUCUUGCUAAGCAUCAGAGAAUCCACACUGGAGAAAAACCUUAUGAAUGUAAACAAUGUGAAAAGGCUUUCCUAUGGAAACGUAAUCUUGAUUUACAUCAGAGAAUCCACACUGGAGAGAAACCUUAUGAAUGUAAACAAUGUGGAAAGGCUUUCACACGGAGCAGUGUUCUUGCUCAGCAUCAGAGAAUCCACACUGGAGAGAAACCUUUUGCAUGUAAACAAUGUGGAAAGUCUUUCCUAUGGAAGCGUGAUCUUGCUUCACAUCAGAGAAUCCACACUGGAGAGAAACCUUAUGCAUGUAAACAAUGUGGAAAGGCCUUCACACGGAGGAGUGUUCUUGCUCAGCAUCAGAGAAUCCACACUGGAGAGAAACCUUAUGUAUGUAAACAAUGUGGAAAGGCUUUCAUACAGAGAAAUAUUCUUGUUUCACAUCAGAGAAUCCACACUGGAGAUAAACCUUAUGCAUGUAAACAAUGUGGAAAGACUUUCAUACAGAGGGGCCAACUUGCUGCCCAUCAGAGAAUCCACACUGGAGAGAAACCUUUUGAAUGUAAACAAUGUGGAAAGGCUUUCACACGGAGGCGUGGUCUUGCUGCACAUGAGAGAAUCCACACUGAAGAGAAACCUUAUACAUGUGAACAAUGUGGAAAGGCUUUUACACAGAGGGACCAUCUUGCUGCACAUGAGAGAAUCCACACUGAAGAGAAACCUUAUGCAUGUAAACAAUGUGGAAAGAAUUUCACACACAGAGGUAAUUUUGCUGCACAUCAGAGAAUCCACACUGGAGAGAAACCUUAUGCAUGUAAACAAUGUGGAAAGGCUUUCACACAGAGGGGUAAUCUUGCUAAGCAUCAGAGAAUCCACACUGGAGAGAAACCUUAUGAAUGCAAACAAUGUGGAAAGGCUUUCACACAGAGGGGUAAUCUUGCUAAGCAUCAGAGAAUCCACACUGGAGAGAAAAGUUACAAAUGUAAGCAGUGUGGAAAGGGUUUCACAAAGAGGAGUGGCCUUGUUAACCAUCUCAGCAUCCAUACUGUGGAUAAAAAUAAGCAGAACUAGGAGUACAUUGUACACAUUUGCAAGAGGCUACCAUGCCCCUACCAUCUGACAAGGUCACAGUCUGUGAAAGCAAGGUGAGCAAAGCAGACCCCAGAAUGAGGGCCCGUGGCUGAUCCCCCUUUGUGACUUCUCUCCCUAAAUUUUCCACCCUAGUGGACUUGUUAUGAUUAUUAUUCUCUUCCAAUACAGGAGAAAUAACAUGAGAGCAAAUACUUAUAGGAUCAAUAAAUAUAUACCCCACUUUAAGCCCCCUAGGUUACUACCCCCAAAAGAUUGCAAUUACAAAAUAAAAGUCCAAAGAUUACUGCCCAUGACCCCUCCUUUCUCAAGCACAAACAUAAUCCCUACAAUAAACACCAGCUGAAAGGUUGAGUACUAUAAUGAAUCUUGUCCUGUAGUUACCACACUUGAAUGAGUUUGUUGAAACCAAUGCCAAACUGCGUCACUAGGUUUCUCAAAGUAACACAAGAAAAACAACUUGUAAAUUGAGGAAAACCCCAAAAUUGGUCUGCCGAAAGUCCUCAUGCUUAGAUACCAAUAUGUUUUUGUGUUUAUCUCCCAAGCAAUUAUGAUGGAGAGUGAAAACUGACCAAAAGCACAAUGAUCCUCUCAGCAAGUCAAGGGAUACUAACCUACAAAUGACUAUUCACAUUAAUCAAAUCUAUCACAGUGUUGUAGAAACCUAGUAAAUGAUCACAGAACUGUUUGUUGUGGUAACAUCACAAGAAUGUUGUUUAGGUGAUUGAUAAUAUCCAAUCAAACUGUAGAAUGUCACAUACGUAGAGAAUUGAUUAUGUGCGUGUACCAAAAACCUAUAUAAUAAACAUACCAUGAUAGUAUGGCAGAGCACUGUGUGUGAUGCCUGUGUACAUGGGCUGAAUGCA